GUUUGCUUUUUAUGGCGGGUUGAAACAAAUAAAGUUUAAAGUAAAGAUCUACAUCUAGACUAGGAUAUAUAUAUUGCUAGAUCUAUAAAAUAGAUCUAGACUCUAGAUCUAAAGAGUCUAAAUCCAUUCUCUGACAUUUGUUAGUGACAAUUAUUUUCAUAAUGCUGGUUAGAGAUUUCAAACGUGAAUUCUAUGAUGUUGUACAACACCAGAGAGUGCUGGUUCUCGUUGCUUUUGAUGUCGAUUCACUUUGUGGAUGCAAAAUAUUACAGUAUUUAUUCCAGUGUGACCAAGUUUUAUAUACAAUUGUCCCAGUGACAGACUUACAAGAACUGGAAAAAGCUUUCCUUGAAAAUGCUGAAGGAAUUAAACAUGUGGUACUAAUCAACUGCGGUGCCACAGUGGACAUCGUGGACUUGUUGCAGCCUGAAGAUCAUGUUCGUUUUUAUAUUUGCGACAGCCACAGACCUGUGGACGUGCAUAACUUUUACAAUGCUGUUCAAGUCAAACUUUUAAUGAGGGAAGAUGAGCUGUCUACCAUUCCGACCUAUGAUGAACUGUUUAGAGAUGAUUCUGAAGAUUCUGGCAAUGAAAGUGAAGACUCAGACACUGGGUACAAGAAGAAAAAAUUUGACGAAGAAUCAAUUAUACGCAGGCAAGAGAAAAGGAGAUGGAGUGAAAACAGAGUGAAAGUUUUGUUUGAUUACACAAAGUUUACAUCUUAUGGAACAUCAGCUGCGCUGGUCAUGUUUGAUCUUGCUUGGAAACUUUCGAAAGAUACCAACACGUUACUUUGGCUGGCCAUAGUUGGUGUCACUGACCAAUAUAUUCAUUUCAAAACACCAAGAGACAAAUACAUGGAGGAUAUAUUGACGCUGCAGUCUCACGUGUCUAGACAUAACCAAAGGGGAGGUGACAACGAAAACACUUUGUCAAUAAACAGUCUUAAGAUUUCUUUUGAGGAGGAACUCAACUUUCCCCUCUAUCGACAUUGGACUCUGAUGGACACCAUCUGCCACUCCAUGCCAAUUGCCUGUAAACUGCGUCUCUGGUCAUUGAAGGGGCAAAAGAGGUUGCAUGAAUUUCUAGCAGAAAUGGGAUUACCCUUAAAUCAAUGUAGACAACAGUUUGGUGCGAUGGAUGCUAACCUAAGGUCAGAAGUCAAAGGAAAAAUCCAAGAGUUCAUGAGUAAAUAUGGCUUGGACAUCCAAGAUGUCAUUCUACCCUCCUUCUCCCUCCAUUAUGGAUACAAGAGUCAACUGUGUGCCACAGACUAUGUACUGUCUAGUAUAGCUGUAUUAGAAUCUGGGGAUAAGUCAAGGUCAUCUACGGAUAAUUUCCUUGAAGCUUGUGAUAUUCUUCAAAAAGGUUGUACUGACAAAAUGGAAGCUGGUCUGUCGGCAGCUAAGCUACAGUUGAGAAGUAUCUACACCCAAGUUCAGAGUUUCCUUGAAAUGCAUCAGAUCAUCUCGGCAGGACCAUUUCUCUAUGUCUUUGUUCAGGAGGGUACGGCAGACUCGUCCUACUUUGCUCAUCCUCAAUGUUCUAUAAGACUUGCCAGGUUUGCACUUCAAGCACACUGUGCCGUGAGUCGCAACAAGCGUGCUCAGAGUCUGCCUCUUGUGCUGGGGGCACCAUUGCGACAGGAAGAAGGUACAAGUUUAGUUGUUGGCAUACCUCCACUCGACACUGAUGAUGAAAGGAAAAAUUUCUUUGGCAAAGCUUUUGAGCAGGCUGCAGAAGCAACAAAUACAACAGCCAAAUUUAACAAUUUUGAUUCCUACAUCAUUGAGAUGAAGUCAGAGGACAAGAGCAAAUUUUUUGAUGCAUUGAUCAGUAUCUUACAAUGAUGGUGCUGGUUCAUCUCUAUCACAUGAUGGAUUGGAUGCUUGAUGGAUGGAAAUAGCUUGGUGCUCUGACUGUAAUUUGGGCUCUUUGUUGACAAUGGCUUUGGUUACUUGUACAGUCUAGUUCUUGUAACACUUAAUUUAUUUCACAUGUAUAAAUGUAAAAUAGACAUACAUUACACUUCGUUUCUCUCAUAUUGCAAUAAACUAGGCAUUGAUUACGAUGUCGUUUUCAUUAACUGUGAACUAGGUAGUAGUUAUAAUGUUUGAACUCUGUGAAGACAUUUUCUGUUUAGUAGUGACAGAAAAUAGCAAAAAGUCUCAACAUUUUUUCCCCCUUUGUUGUCAAUGUGUAAUAUAUCAUUUAACUCUAUUGAGACACACUGACUGCAAAAAUGAAAAUCUUAUGCUGAAAAAAACUUGUGUACAUAAUUCAUGAAAUGUAUAGUGCCAUAUUAAAUAUCUAUGUAUAAUGAUAGUACCAUUGUUGGUUCAAGGCAAUUUUUAAAAAAUACUUUGAUUCCACGUAAAUCCCUGCAUAUGAAAUACAAGUAGAGCAUUUAAUGAAAUCUGGAGAUGUAAUUUUAAAGUCUAAAUUUAUAAAUAAUUGUUGCCUAUUUAAUGAUACACAUGAGGAGCUGAUAUAGAUGUAAUUUAAGUCUUGGCUAUGCAUCACAAACUAGGCUACCUGUUUCUUGGUGUGACUGCUAUGACAGCUAUAAAUAGAUGUUAUAGUCAAAGGUGUGAAAUACACUUCUUGCAAGUUAAAGAAUUUUAGGUUUAACUUGGCUUCAGAGCUACUUGACAACCUACCAGUGUUCAACAAGAUACUUAGAGCACAGAUUUAAACCUAUUGCUUUGAAGUCAUCAUUGUUGGAAACCUAUUGCUUUGAAGUCAUCUUUCUUGGAAACCUAUUGCUUUGAAGUCAACUUUGUUGGGCUGUCACUUGAUGUAGGCACACCAUUCAUUACGUUUGCAUUUUAGUUUUUAAAUUGAUGAAUAUAGAAAAUCUCAUUGCUGGUCUUGGAUGACCUUGACCUCACCUAACCUUAUGUGAUUAUCACCAUUUAAAAAAAAAAAUAUUUAUUUUUUUAAGAUGACAAAAAUGCUAGCAGAUGAUUUUUGUACACCUAAACAUGUAUCUGUAUAAUCAUUUUGGAUGGUCUGACUUGGAGCUUGCUAAAAUUGCAGCAAAAAAUCUUUUAACAAGUGACCGGUACCGGUAGUCUUUUAAAAAGUAAUCCUUAAUAGUGACACUAUCUACUUUGAUUAUUCUCUUACCUAUUUUUUUUUAUAUUAAAACCACUUAAAGUGUUAACACAUUUGGAUCUAUCUAUAGAUGAAUAUCAAUUUAGCUAUACCGUAGUUGAUGUGCCCAAAGCAAAUAUAAUUGUAAAGAGUAAGUUUGUGUUUUCAUUCAUAGGUACAAAUGUUAGUCACCUGAGUGUUUUAACAAAAGUGAAUUAUCAAAUAAAACAAGGUUUACACUAAACAAGUUGUUUGAGAGUAUAUUAAGUAAGUUGUUGAUGUCACAAACAAAUCAAGUACCACGUACUGGUACUGUGCUGGUGACCUAACCUUGAACUUCAUUUACACACACACAAAAUAAUAACUACUUGUCAACCGGCGGUGUAGCAUGCGCCGCUAUUUUGCAGGGCCGACAUUAGGCCACUGCAACCUAUGCGAUCGCAGUGGGCUCCGCACUUUUAUAGGACUCUUGCUAAUUUUAGGUGUAUAAAUUAUUAAAUUAAACCAUUUUAUAACAGAUUUCCCGCUGCCUCCUGUCGAUUUAUACAUAUCCCUACCCAAACUUGGCCCCGCGAAAUCCGUUUCGCAUAGGGCUCUACCACCGUUAAGUCCCGUUCUGCUAUUUAGUGACGGAUGAAUACUACUUCCCUCCCUCCCCUCUUUUGUUUUCAUCUCUUAAAUCACCCAGGAUGACUACCUCCGUCUGAGUUGCAAAAAUAAGAGAGAUCUUUCCAUGGUGUCCAAACUCUUUGAGUGUGCUCUGUCACCUUGAUAGUUACUACAGAGUAGAUUACUCCCCACCCCCCUUUUUUUUAACGUGAGGUAGAAAUUUAAAAAAAAGAGUGAUAUUUCUUCUUGUUUUGUGACUACAUGUUCUCCACCCCCCACCCCCUGUUUUCUCAUGGACUAUCCGCAGAAAUAAGAGAGUGAUCUUUCCUUUACUUCUCGUUUAAAUUGUUGAUGGAAGAAGAGAAUUAUAUAUAUAGAUUAUUCCUUGCUGUUAUUUUAUUGCUGUGCUACCUAAAAAAUUUAUUAUGUCACAUCCAAAGUCUCAAAUAUACUCAACAGACAUGUGCAUUAGAAGUGACUGCCAACAUAGUGUUGAUAGUGUUGAAUUUCUUUGACUAUUAGGCUUAAUUAAUAAAUGUUUAAUGUGAAUUCAACUCUAAUGUGUAAUUAUUCUUGUAGGAUUUAUGUAAUUAAAGUUUUUAUAACAUUCA